AUGGAGAGGUGGGCGUCCCCGAUGAUGCCAGUAGUGUGUUCAGUGCGGUACGAUAAACUUGGUGCCUACCGCAAAGUCAAAUGUGGUAACGUAUUGUCGCACACCUUCGGCUCCCUAAACGGGCUUCGGCAAGUGGGCAUUCUCUCUCCAUACCUGUUCAAUACGUACACAGAUGCCCUGAAUGUCAAACUGAAAUCACUCCCAUUCGGAUGCCCUGCCAAUGAAACAACUAUAAAGAAGCUAGGUUACGCCGACGAUAUGGUUCUGAUUUCCCCAUCAGUGCAAGGUCUCCAACGACUCAUCGACACUUGCCGCCAAUAUGCAGAGAAAUUUGAUAUUCUAUACAACGGAACCAGGACCCAGUGCAUGUCGCUGCUCCCGAGAUCGCUUAAGCAUAUUGCAGAACCCCAAAUUUUCCUCGGAAAUCAUCGGCUGGAAGUCGCGCACGAAUUUCCGUAUUUGGGUCACAUUAUCACGAAAGACCUAAAAGAUGCGGCAGACAUGGAACAGAGGCGUCGUAAACCAAGGGCCAGGCAGAUUGGUUUUUUUCCAGUCAAGUAUUUGACAGAGCUGUGUCUUGGCAAAGACACCACCAUCAGACUCGGAACAUAUGGCACCUACAUCGACGUGCAAGAACUUGUAGUUAGUGUCAACAACUCUUAA